GUCGUGAUUUUUAGAGGAAACCAUGCUGUUUAGCUUAGAUCACUCCCGUUGGUUAAAUUCCGUUGCUUGGCCAUUGUCAUUUUUUCCAAGAUGGUGCCAAGUCGAUUCCAGCGCACCUCUGCAGUGCUCCUCGCAGUCACUUUGACUGCCACAUCGUCUGCCUUCGAUUUCGCUGGCCAGAAUGAUAUCACACAGUCCACAGGCACCGUCGCUCCUGGUGACGAAACACAAGCAUCGACUACAGGCAGCUAUGACUCACCCAAUCAAUGGGCACAUACGGCAUCGUCUUCGAACAACGUGCCCACAAUGGUCCCUAGUGCCCCCUCUGCUGUCAGCGGAUCCCAGGGCUGGACGCCGCCAACCACCGACUCCUGGACGCCUCCUAGCAGUGGCAGUGGUAACCAAGGCUGGACACCACCAACCACCGAUGCUUCCAACUCUUGGACACCCCCUAGCAGUGGCAGCAACCAAGACUGGACUCAACCCACGUCGACGGACGCAUCCAAUGCGUGGACACCGACCGGCAGCGGAAUCGGUAACCAGGGAGACUAUUCGCUGGAAUGCAGUGGUUCGGGAGACAACACCAGCCCGACCAACGACUACAGUCUCGAGUGCAGCGGAUCGGACAAGACCACGGAGGGAUCACCGACCGUGCCGACUUCAACGGCGGGUUCGUCCAAUCUAACUCCGAUGACCACCACAGCCCCUACCACCUCCAGUGGAACAGGUGACCAAACGUGGUCUCAACCUUCAUCAACGACUUCUUCGUCGAACACGGCGACGUCGGCAGCUUCCGGAGAGUACGAGGCGUCAAACCCGAUCACUUCAACGGGCUCGUCAUCGAACACUGUGACGUCCACGGUGUCAAGUGGAACUGGAGACGUCGUCGAUCAGGAUUCAUCGCAGGUGACCCAGACUUCGUCGUUGGCUUCAUCCUCCAACACGGCGGAGUCCUCUUCGAACACGGCUCAAUCGACGGCUUCCUCUUCGACUCAGGAAGGCUCGGAUGCGACCCAGACAUCCACGAACAGCACCAGCAGCGGCGACCACGCCACCUUUGGAACGGUGACGUCCAAAUCGGGCGAGUGCGUCAUCGGCAACCCCAACAAAUAUGUUAGCGCUGCGGAUGUUGAUUGGAUCUGGAAGAACCGAAUUGGUCCCGACGCACCGACACGCGACGCCAAUUGGAACGUCAUGGAUAACAAGAAUUGGAUCAUGGAUCACAUCGUGAACAACAAGGGUACGCUCAACUACUGCGUCCGCUGGGACAGUACCGAAAAGCUCUCCAAGAGUGUGGCUUCCAAGUUUCAGGCCAUGCUUGAGCGCCAGUACGCGGCUUGGAACCAUUGGCUGAUCGGAUACGACUGCUGGCCGUACAAUGAGAUCAAGAUUAACAUCGUUGGAUUCGCGGUGAAGGAGGCGUCGCUACUGGAUUGGACAGAUGACUCCCUCGGUACGAUCACGGUUGGAGAUCUCGACUCGGAUGGUGUUCCGCAGUGCGAUCAGAGCUGCUACCGAUUCUACGACAAUGGUGCCGGUUCAUGGUCGGACACCAGUUCGUGCAAAGGUAAGCCGUUCGACAUUUCGCUGUGGCCUAAACAGGGUCUUGAAGGUGGCUUUGGCUACGACUGGGGUCAGGAGGUGAACCUGGAGAACAUGCUACAGACUAUUGAUGAGGAGCAGCUUACGAUUGUUUCGCACGAGAUCGGUCAUGGCUUUGGUUUACCUGACUUCUAUGAGGAAGCUGACAAGCCUAACGACAAGUGGCCCAAUAGUAUCAUGAUGGCAGGCAGCUCUGGGACAGUUACUGACAGUGACGGCUGGAUGCUGCGCCGUGUCCUCGAGCACUUGAAGCCUCGCUACAAAUUCUAAAGCGGAUACCGGUAGACACAGCAUUUUGUGGUGCUCGUACACCUGUGUGUUUCGUUCAGUAUCUCUUUCAGUUCGCAUCUGGUACGAGCGCGUAAAUUGUUGUAACCCAGUAACCUGUAAAUCGAUGUUCCUUCUUGCCAAUAUAUGUUGGUGUUUGAUGAGU